UUGAUUGUUUUCCUUUCGAGAGAGGCCGGAAAACCAGUUCAUACAAUUAAGCAUUUGCUCGAUCGUAAUAAGAAUGGCAAAGUCAUAUUUCUUCUUGUUUGUGCUUUUCAUCUUACACCACGUGCAAGGCCAACAUGACGAGUGUGCCGAUUCAAGGCAGUGUGGCGCCCACGGCCCAGCCAUCCGAUUUCCUUUCCGUCUCAAUGACGGCCACCCGGACCACUGUGGCUUUCCUGGGUUUCAUUUGUCCUGCUCCGAUACCCUCAAGACAGUGCUCGAGCUGCCAAAUUCAGUCAAGCUUUUUGUCAAAAAGAUUGACUACAAAUCUCAAGAAAUUCAAGUUUAUCAUCCUGAUCGUUGCUUUCCAAAAGGCAUCCGGCAACUCAAUUUAUCUUCCUCACCUUUCCAAUUCGCAGGAGUCUAUCGGCGACUUAAUGACUUUGCCUUUUUCAAUUGUUCCCAUAGUAGUAAAGGAGAAGAACACAGUGAUUGGAGUGCGAUUUCUUGUCUUAAUGACCCUAGCUAUAGCCACCAAGUUUAUGCCUUGCGUACUGAUGACGACAUCAACGAGUUGCCCACACUACCUUGUAGAAAGAUGUAUACUGUUAGAUCAAUUCCAUAUAUUAUUGUAUUUUAUCCUGAUGAUAUCCUUUAUUUGAACUGGUCCAGACCAGCUUGCAGAAAAUGUGAACUGAAAGGCAUGAAUUGUAGAUCAAUGAAUAUUAACAGCAGUAGUACCGAGUCAGAAAUUCAGUGCUUCCCCAAACACAACAAAGGUUCAUCAACAAAAUUAGUGACCACUGGUGCCAUUUUAGGUCCGACUCUUUUACUACUGCUGGCCUUCGCACUUUAUCGCGUCUACAGUCAUGACAAAGCUGAAAAAGAAUAUCGGAAGAAGAUUGAAAAUUUCUUGGACGAUUACAGAAGCUACAAGCCCACGAGAUACUUGUACGCUGAUCUUAAAAGGAUUACAAAUCAGUUUACCGAGAAAUUGGGCGAAGGAGCCUACGGAACAGUGUUCAGAGGAAAACUUUCUAAUGAAAUCCACGUUGCCGUGAAGAUCUUGAACAGUUCCAAGGGAAAUGGAGAAGAAUUCAUAAAUGAAGUUGGAAUAAUGGGUAAAAUCCAUCAUGUCAAUGUGGUUCGCUUGGUUGGAUUUUGUGCUGAUGGAUUUAGACGAGCACUAGUUUAUGAGUUCUUUUCAAAUUAUUCAUUAGAAAAGUUCAUAUUUUCAGAGAAUUCUAAGAGUCAUUUUCUUGGUUGGGAGAGACUGCAUGAUAUUUCUCUCGGUGUGGCAAAAGGAAUCGAAUAUCUUCACCAAGGAUGUGAUCAAAGAAUCCUCCAUUUUGAUAUCAAACCUCAUAAUGUUUUGCUAGACCAAAACUUUAUUCCAAAAAUUUCUGAUUUUGGUCUUGCAAAGUUGUGUUCCAAGGAUCAAAGUGCAGUAUCUAUGAGCACAGGCAGGGGGACCAUGGGUUACAUCGCACCUGAAGUGUUCUCUAGAAACUUUGGGACUGUGUCUUAUAAAGCAGAUGUUUAUAGUUUUGGAAUGUUGUUACUUGAAAUUGUUGGAGGGAGGAGAAGUACUGACAUUACGUCGGAAAAUGCUAGCCAAGUUUACUUUCCAGAAUGGAUCUACAAUCUCUUGGAACAAAAAGUAGAGUUGCGAGUUUUUAUCGAGGAUGAUGGAGAUAUGAAAAUUGCAAAAAAACUUGCAAUCGUAGGACUUCGGUGCAUCCAGUGGCACCCAAUGGAUCGUCCUUCUAUGAAACUUGUGGUUCAAAUGUUGGAAGGAGAAGGUGAUAAAUUAACUAUGCCUCCUAAUCCUUUUGCCUCCCCAGGCCCUACAAGAAUCCAUGCGCGGAAACCUAUGACUCAUUUAGGCCAAGAAUUGGACGUUAUCCAAGAAUUAGAUUAAGUGUUAGGAGUUUGUUUUGAAGAUAUUGAAAUUAUGUUGUAGUUGAACAUUAUUACUUUUGAUGUUGGAAUGAUCAUAAAGGAAUUCAAGGUUGCUUCUUA